GCUCAUCUUGUUCUAGACUAGACUAAGAACUGUGCAACUGGUCCUUGUGACAGAACCCAACUUUAAACAAUGCAGUUGUGCACAAUAAGUUUCUUUCGUAGCUGCUGCACUCUCGUUUAAGGUCUUCGUCUAAUAGAUAUCUAUAAAACCAGAAGUUUGACAGGAGACCAAGUUUCUCCACAUUACAUGGACACCAUGUUCUUUCUUCAUGCCUUUCUACUUGCCCUUGUGGGUCUUUCUCUCGCUCAAAAGAACACGGACAGCAGCGAUCAAGAAUGCGGUCCGUGUGACAAGUCAGCGUGUCCCAGCGAUCUGUCUUGCCGUGCUGAGACCGUUCCUGACCGGUGCUCUUGCUGCCAGGUCUGCUCUAAGGUUCUCGGAGAACGGUGCGGUGGGCCGGCAAACGCGGACGGGCGGUGCGCCGACGACUACAUAUGCGCCGGAAAAUCGGUCUAUGAGCCGGUCCAAGACGAAGAGAUUGGGCAGUGUGUCUGUACGGCACUUGAUCGAGUUUGUGGCACCGAUGGCGUGGUUUAUGACAACAAAUGCAAACUGAAAAUGGCCAGUUAUGAGAGUGUUCAGAACGGACAGCCAGCCAUUGAAGUCGACGAAACUGAUCAGUUGUGUUCUACAGUUCCUGUCAUCACAGAGCCACCCAAGAAUUCUAUCCUUCAAGUGGGCUCCCAGUCCGAACUCAGCUGUGAGGCUUAUGGCCGGCCCAUUCCUGACAUCAUCUGGAUGAAGGAUGGAGAGGUGUUGCCUGGUAACCACCUCAACAUAGCAACCCGCAAGAGGAAUGGCCCAGUGAAGUUUGCCAUGACAAGCUGGGUUUUGAUCAAUGUAUCACCUGAUGAUGGGGGAUUAUAUACCUGCAUGGCCAGCAACAGCCAAGGAGAAACAGAAUCCUUGGCAACGGUUGUCAUAGGUCAGAAGAUUGCAGAUGAUGUUGAUACUAAUCAAGUUCCCAUCGAAUUGUAGAUUAAAAAUGAUGUGUUCUAAGUCUAGUUGGGAGAAGAAGACAGCUAGCUAACAGCUAACAUGCAGACUGCUCAUGGUGCUAUCCUGCCAACAGAGGGGGCUAUUUAAGUAAGCCUAGUAUUUAAUCAGUCAAAUUUUUAUAAUUCAAUAUUAUGCAUGUUAAUUAAUUAUUUAUAGUUCCAGGGAUGGAUGUACAGGUUGUCAAAAACAGGAUCGUUUGACAGGAAAUACAUUGUGUGAUUUGGUGACAAGUGUUGGCCACAAGAAAGGAUGUUUCAAUUAAAAUUGGAUUAUUUAAUGGCAGUUUCAUCGGAAGUGAACAUAUGUCGCCCUUGAUAAGUCUCUACCAGCAAGAGUGGCUCAUUUUGCUAUAGAUUCUUCAUACUUUUUAAUUAAUGUAGUUCAAAGUGUCCACAACUUUCCAACUAAACUUUUAGACAGCAGGCUAAUUUGCUGGUAUCAAUGUACAUCAAAGAAUAACCAAUUCAAUAUAUUUUGUAAACUUUCAGAUUUGUUUUUUAGUUUGUAGUGACUUUUUAAUUGGGAGUGUAAUAUCAAGAGCAUAUAUCUCAUAAAAAAGGGGCCACCUUAUUGAGUAGAGUGCUUAAAUUCCAUUUUUUUAAUUGUUACCUGGGUGCAUUAUGUACUUACCAUAAAAAAUGUAGGGAAAAGAUCUUUCAGUUUUUUACCAGAGUUGUAGGUACCUUGCAAUAUUUUUAAAAUUAUAAGGAUAGAAUUUUUCUAGUUUCGCAUGGAAGAAAAAAAAUUAAAUGAUCUAGCAUUCAUGAGAAAACUGAUCAUUCAAACGUGGAGUUAGUAUCUCCUUUUCACUUGAACUAUGCAAAAAUGUUGUAGAUUUAGAAAGGACAACAGUUAAUUUAAAGUCCAGACGUUUGUAGUGUAUUUAAUUUUUCCUUCCUCAUCCAACCGUGCCUUCACUACAUGGGUAUAUUUUUUUAUCAGAACUUUGUUUAAAUCUGACAAAACAUCCCAUUUUAGUACUUGGUCUUUGAGGUAGCUAGCUUCACACAUCAUAAUUGAAACUUUUUUAGUAAGUUAUUGGAUCAACAGAUUCUUUCAGUCCUGUCAUUCUUUCAUUAAAAAUCAACUUUUCAGUUUCUGUUGCCGCCUUUCAUAAUUUUUUCAGAUCGUCUUUUCCAGUAACAACAGUCAUAAUUAUGCAUUGAUAAAUUAAUGUGUAUUUUUUUGUUAUAAAAUGUAAACAUAUGCUGCAUUUGUCCUUUGACCGAGUUGAAGUUAAAGGCAACCAAAAUCCUGUCUUCCAUUGACACCGUAGAGUAUUGCUUUUCACACAUAGCUUUUGGUUCUCUUUGAGUCAUAACAAUUGUGUGUUGAAGUAUUGGUAUUUUACGGUGUGUAAACAAGUAGAUGAUUAACUUGUAUUUUAACUUAAAGUUAACAAUAAAUAAAUAAAUCCAAUACAUAAUGGAUUUCUUUUCUGCGGAAAAGAUUCGUA